AUGGUCAGGUGGUUGACCCGCUUCUUCCACUACCUCGACCGCUACUAUGUUUCGCGCAAGUUGCUUCUGCCGCUCAAAGAGCUCGGCUUGAGCUGCUUCCAUGAUCUAGUUUUCGACGGGCUAAAAACGACAUUGACGACGAUUGUUAUCGACAUGGUUGAUAAUGAGAGGGAAGGCCAGCUUAUAGACCGUGCUCUUCUGAAGGAUGUUGUUGGUAUCUAUCUCGAAAUUGGACAGGGUAGUGUCGGCCUCUAUGAGCUCGAUUUCGAGAAAGCUUUUUGCAAGGGUACCAAAGAUUACUAUUCUAAAAAGGCGCAAAUCUGGAUGUCGGAGGAUUCCUGCCCUGAAUACAUGCUCAAGGUCGAGGACAGCUUACAGAAAGAGAAAGAGCGAGUAGGCCAUUACUUGCAUGCUUCAACUGAAGAGAAGUUGCUAGAGGGUACUAUAUUGGAACUCAUAAGUUGGCGCGCAGAAGAAAUUUUGUACAAGGAAAAUUCUGGAUGCAGAGUGUUGCUUUUAGAUGGAAAGUCUGAGGAUCUAUCAAGAAUGUACAGGCUCUUUUCCAAGAUAGACGUUGGGCUGUUUCAUGUAUCGAAAAUAUUUAAGGAGCAUGUCAAGGAAGAGGGCAUGUCCUUGUUGAAACAUGCAGCAGAUGCUGCCAACGGCACAAAGAAUAAGAAGAAGGAAGCUGUGGGUUCGCCGGAGCAGGAAUUUGUGCGGAAAGCGAUUGAGCUCCACGACAAACAGCUAGCAUAUGUCACCGACUGUUUCCAAAACAACUCAGCAUUUCAUAAGGCUCUUAAGGCGGCUUUCGAAGACUUUUGCAACAAAGAUGUUGCUGGUUGCACAAGUGCUGAGUCGCUCGCAUCAUUCUGCGAUAGCAUCUUGCGGAAAGGUGGAAGCGAAAAGCUAAGCGACGAAGUCGUAGAAGAUACCCUUGAUAAGGUUGUGACCAUUCUCUCAUACAUCAGUGAUAAGGAUCUCUUUGUUGAGUUUCACAGGAAGAAGCUUGGAAAGAGAUUGCUCUUUGAUAAGAGUGCCAAUAACGAACACGAGCGAAGCCUCCUUUCCAAGCUCAAGCAGUACUUUGGGGGACAGUUUACUGCAAAAAUGGAGGGCAUGCUCACUGACGUGUCAACAGCAAGAGACCAUCAGACAGCGUUUGAAGAGUACAUGAGAGACAAACUACCAAAUCAUCGUGUAGACUUCAGUGUUACUGUUCUGACGACAGGAUUCUGGCCAAGUUACAAAACUUCAAACAUAAAUCUACCUUCCGAGAUGAUUAAAUGCGUCGAGAUUUUCAAAGAUCAUUACAAUUCGAAACAGAAAUCCAGAAGGCUCACUUGGAUCUAUUCCAUGGGAAAUUGCAAUAUCGUUGCAAAGUUUGACGCUAAACCUAUCGAGCUUAUUGUUACAACAUAUCAGGCUGCGAUGCUUCUGCUAUUCAACGGAUCUGAACGACUAACUUACUCUGAGAUUGUGACACAACUAAAUCUGCCCGAUGACGACGCCGUGCGCCUGCUCCAUUCACUCUCAUGUGCAAAGUAUAAGAUUCUUAACAAAGUGCCAAGCAACCGAACAAUUUCUCCAAGUGACGUCUUUCAGGUCAACCACAAAUUUACCGACAAAAUGAGGAGGAUAAAGGUACCACUUCCUCCGACUGACGAGAAGAAGAAGGUUGUCGAGGAUGUCAACAAGGACAGGAGGUUCUCAAUCGAUGCGAGCAUCGUGCGCAUCAUGAAGAGCCGCAAGGUCAUGGGCCAUCAGCAACUCGUUGCGGAGUGCGUUGAGCAGCUCAGCCGCAUGUUCAAGCCUGACAUCAAGAUUAUCAAGAGGAGGAUCGAGGAUCUUAUCAGCAGGGAAUACUUGGAACGAGAUCUGGAGACUGCAAACACCUACAGAUACUUAGCUUGA